AUGCCCAACUCCGUGGUCUUCGGUAAAAAUGAAAAAUGGCGGAUAAAUCGCAACAUUUUUGUUUUGGGAUUCGCUUUUAUGAUACAUUUCACUGCUUUCCAUGGCGCCGCGAACCUUCAGAGUUCGGUGAACACUGAUGCUGCAGCAGGAAUCUUCACACUAGCGGCUAUUUACUUUUCAUUGAUACUUUCCAACAUAUUUUUACCUGCUAUCGUUAUAAAAUGGCUAGGUUGUAAAUGGACGAUAGCAAUUUCAUUCAUCGCAUACAUGCCUUUCAUCGCUGCACAGUUUUACCCGUACCUCCAGACAUUGGUUCCUGCAGGAAUGAUGGUCGGUUUCGGUGGCGGACCACUCUGGUGUGCAAAGUGCACUUACUUAUCUGUGGUAGCAGAACCUUACGCCAAAUUAUCAGGAGUACCAGCAGAGGUAUUAGUAGUUCGAUUUUUCGGGCUCUUUUUCAUGUUCUAUCAAAUGGCUCAGAUUUGGGGAAAUCUUGUUUCUUCAGCAAUUCUAUCAUCAUCAUUGGGAGAAACAUUCAGUUUUGUUAACGAAACAAUAGGGAAAACGCCUAAAGUAGCAGCUUUGAUUGGAAACUUAUCUACACCAACAAUUGAUUAUGGUGGCAUCUGUGGAGUUAACUUCUGCAGUGGCAAUGAUGCACAUGAUAAUACAAAUUUGCAGCCUCCAUCCGCUCUGAAAAUUCAAAUAAUCGCCGGAGUGUACCUUGCAUGUAUGGCAACAGCCAUUCUUCUUGUCGUAAUAGGCGUGGAUUCUUUGAGCAGAUAUAACGCAGGUCGUGAAUCCAUGACACAAAACAAAUCUGGCCUGGCGUUGCUUGCAGUAACAUUGCGCCAACUCAGGCACAAGUACCAGCUGUUGUUGCUACCAGUGAUCGGUUACAUAGGCGCUGAACAAGCUUUUAUGGCGGCUGACUUUACGCAGGCUUUCGUCACAUGUGCAUAUGGUGUCAGUAACAUUGGUUUUGUUAUGAUUUGCUUCGGCGUGUUCAACGCUUUAGCUGCUCCAGUGGCUGGCGUUGUGGUCAAGUUGACUGGGCGGUUUCCGGUCAUGGUCACUGCACUUAUCCUGAAUUUAUGUCUGUUGACUUCAAUGUUGUUAUGGAGGCCAGACCCGGAGCAGUGGCUCGUGUUCUUUGUACUGGCAGCCAUCUGGGGCGCUGCAGACGCAGUUUGGCUGGUCCAAGUAAACGCACUUUCUGGAAUAUUGUUUCCGGGUAACGAGGAAGCGGCCUACUCGAACUUCCGUUUAUGGGAAGCGACUGGCAGUGUGCUCUCUUAUGCAUCUGCACCGUAUCUUUGCGUCAGAACUAGGUUAUAUAUUUUAGUCGGUCUUCUCAUCUUAGGCUUCUCAGGAUAUUCAACUAUAGAGCUUAUGGAAUAUAGAGCAAAGCGUCGCCAUCAUCAAGAGAGGAACUUCCAACUGGUUGCUGAAAAGGCUGAACAGGAA